AUGGCGUCCGACAGCAACAGCGCGCCGGCAGCGGAAGCGUCGAGCUCGGCGCAAGCGGCAGUGUUUGUCAAGUCGGCGCCUGUUCCAUCGCACUUUGAGCAAGUGCGCGGACCAGACUUUGAUCAGCGCCAAUCUUUGGAGAGCUUGAUGACGGGGUAUGCUAGUGUCGGCUUCCAAGCUUCUGCCAUCGCCAAGGCCUGCAAUCUGGUAGACAAGAUGGUGAGUGAUGCUGCAAGCGAACCAAAGCGGCCGGAGAGAGGUGCGAGACUGAGAGCGAGUCAUCGCUAUGCUUCUCUGCAGCGCACAUGGCGGCUGAGCGAUGAGCCCAUCACCGCUGAUACGCCCGACGACCUGCUGGACCCCGGCAUUCGGCAGCGUACGGCUUGCAGCAUCUUCCUCGGCUUCACAUCCAACCUCGUCUCGUCUGGCCUGCGAGAGGUCAUCCUCUUCCUCGUCAAGCACAAGCUCGUGUCUGCUCUGGUCACUACUGCAGGUGGCAUCGAAGAGGAUCUCAUCAAGUGUCUCGGUCCCACCUAUCUGGGCGACUUUAGUCUCGACGGUGCAGAGCUGAGAAGAAAAGGGCUCAACCGCAUCGGCAAUCUGCUCGUGCCAAACGACAAUUACUGCAAGUUUGAGGAUUGGGUAAUGCCCAUUCUUGACAAGCUGAGGGAGGAGCAGGGCGAUGAUCUGACCAACGUCUGGACUCCAAGCCGCAUCAUCGAAAGGUUGGGCAGGGAGAUCGACGAUGAGCGCAGCAUUUUGUACUGGGCCGCAAGGGUGAGUGCAAUGCCGAAGUUUCUGUGACAUCGGCACCAGGCACGCUAACUCGCUCCUCUGCGUCAUUCUUGCAGAACGGCAUUCCCGUCUUUUGCCCUGCCCUGACGGACGGCAGCUUGGGUGAUAUGCUCUAUUUCCACUCUUACAAGAAUCCAGGCUUGGUCGUCGAUCUGGUCGGUGACAUUCGCAGGCUCAACGACUUGAGCGUCAAGGCCAAGAAAGCCGGCAUGAUCAUUUUGGGCGGUGGAGUCUGCAAGCAUCAGAUCGCAAACGCGAUGCUUUUCGUAAGUGGACCCGCAGAGUAGCAGCUGGCCGGUGUCUUGAGCCCUCAGCUCAUACCGUCCCGUCCCUUCUUUCCGCACGUCCAGCGCAAUGGGGCAGACUAUGCAGUGUACAUCAACACUGGUCAAGAAUUUGACGGGAGUGACAGUGGGGCGCGACCAGAUGAGGCGGUCAGUUGGGGCAAGAUUCGCAUCGGAGGCGAGAGCGUCAAGGUACGUCCGUCUCAGGUAGCCGUCGCAUAUUGUCUCGACGUGAUAGACUGAAUGGGGCACGAGGCUCAAAUUCUUGGUCUAGAUUUAUGCCGAUGCUACCAUCGUAUUUCCUCUAAUUAUUGCACGGACGUUCGGGAAAGCUUUCUGGGACUCACAGACGAAUGCCGUAGGCAAUCGAUUCGCUCCAGCUUCUUGA